AUGGAGCUCCAUGGUAUAUAUAUUUCGCAAUUGGCGCAGUUUUCUCGUUCGCGCUUCUACCUUUUCAAUUCCUCUUCGAUUUUCUUCCUCUCUCCUCAGCAAAAUGUCCGUCCAAUUGCAGGCAAAGCAGCAGUCACGCACGACUUCCUCUCUCUCCACAAGGAGCCACUUCUGCAGAAUUCAAGGCCUCCUCGUUCUCCAGGUAUGCAGAACCGCCUCUGUCGAGACGUAAAAUCACUGAUCCGACGAACACCGCCGCCUGGCAAUCAUCCUCCACCUCCCGAUCUACGACUUUCCGAUUCCCAAAUUGACGACUCCACCACUCAGAAGAUCACUACAGAGGUCCACCGCCUGGUAGGCCGAAGCCCCUCCCCUCCCCUUCUCCCUCUGUCUAGGGAUAAAAUCAGAGAACUGACGAACACCGCCGCCUGGUUUCAUUCCCCAUCCUUCCCCGGUGGGCAGUCAGUCGGUUCCUCAAUGCAGCGACUCUCUCUCUCUAUCUGCGAUCUCCCUUCCCCUUCUCUCUCCUCUUUCCCUUCCAGGGGGGGCAUUUCGGGAAAGCCUCUGUGGAAUGGCUAGGCUUCGGCGCCAAUGCGUAGGGGCAUUUCGGGAGAGCAGGAAAAUUUCCAACCUCUACCGUCCGUGACCUCCUCCCCUCUCUCCCUGCAUGGGGCGCUUCGGAGUAAUAUAUCCUACCCUCGGGAGAAGGCACAAGCCGCUCCCGCCCGCCGACCCACGUGGUCCUCCGCCGCCGCCUACCGGCGACGGACGGUUACGAUGUGACCAUCGCCAUUCAACGUGAUGUAAUUUCGAAUAGUGUUAUCAUAACAGCGCAACUAAUCCCCCCCACCACCCUAGGGAGGUAUGGGGACCACGCAACGGCCUCCUCCAUUAAGUCGCUAAUGGUUUCCUCUGCCAGGUCACGGAGUCGAGCAGCGCGAUGGCGGCGGCGCGGGAAGGGCGGCGGCGAUCGACCUCAACGUAGUAGCGGCGGCGGCGGCGGCGGCGGUGGGGCCCUCCGCUUCCUCCUCCGAGCACCGGCUCGCCAGCGGUUUCGGACGCGCGGUCGUGAAGCCGGAGUGGUCUUCCUCCACGUGCGGCCCCACCUCGCCGGGCGGCGCCGCCGCAGCGCAGGAGGAGAAGACAGUGGGGAUCGGCGGCGGCACGGGGCAGAGUCGCAACUCGCACUCCCCGGCGCGAGUCUUCAAGCCGUGGAGGGAGGUCGAUGUCACCCGCGGAGGUAAGAAGAAAGACCUGACCGUCCACCCAGCACGUACCUACUACCUUCCUUGGGUCCUUCCUCAUUGUUGAAUUGAUCUGAUGCCACGUGUCCUCUCCCGGUUGAGCUGUCAGGGAGAGAAUCUCUAUCCGGGAUCCCUUUCGCUCCACGCAAGACCCACGUGAAGCAGCCGACCCGCCCCCUGGCCCGUGGACCCUCCGCCGUCGAGCUGUCGUGCGGAUUCCAAACCCUCUCCCAAAACCGCAUUUAAACGACAUGGGCCCGACAAGAGCGCUGCCCUCGUCACCGGCGAACGACUAAAAAAAAUCCUCCAUUUUACUAAAUAGCACCCUUACUUUCUCCCCCCCCCUUAUAUUUUAUAUUAUUUAUAUACAAUUGUUGCUAUGGGAGUCGAGUGUUAAGAAUUUUGGGAGCAGCUUCGGUUUCCCCCGAGCGGCCUGACCUUAUUCGGCUCGUCUUCGCCUAAUGUCAGGGUCGCACCUGCAGCAGUGGCCCUCUCCCUCUUCAGCCGCCGGUCGCAGUGGCUUCACUCCGUCCUCUGGGUGCGUGGUCUUCUGUCCCGCCUUCUCCUCGUUUUAUUACUUUGUUUUGUCUCCGUUAUUCGCGGCCUAGGGUUUUUGUUUAUGUCGAUUUCCCCACCUCGACCAUCACGUGAGAGUUGUGUGCGUUGGAGCAGGCAGCAACGGGACACUAGGGACAUGAUGGACACGUCGUCGAGGCACAAGGGAUUCGCCGAUGACGACGAAGAGGAUGAGGAAGAUUUUCUGAAGGAGACUUCUUCCCGGAAAGGUGCGCCCUUUGCUCUCCCGCUUUCCUAACAUCGGGUUCCUUCGUUUCGUCGCCGAACCUAGUGAAUGAACUAGGGCAGACGUUCCUGCUGAGGUGUCUCAUCGUCUAACCCAUAUGCUAAGUGCCAUAUUGGGAUACUCUGUAUCAGGGAUAGCCGUCCUAGUCGACGAGGUUUUCUAUUUUGCGACCUUUUCGUUUCAUGCAGACAACCUAUUUGGAUUCGCCUCCGCUGAAGGGACCUAUUGUUCGUUGUUUUUUUUGGGAUUUGUGAAGUUUUCUGCUAUGUUAACUUCAGGAUUGACGACUAAAGUAGAUGGAAGCAGCAACAGCGGCGACGGGAUCAACGACGAUCGGAAGCCCUCCACACCACGGUCGAAGCAUUCCGCCACCGAGCAACGCCGGAGGAGCAAAAUAAACGAGAGGUGUGGUUUCUCUCACCUUCUCGCAACUAUUCGAGUUCUUUGGUUUCCCUCCUCUUGACCUAAUCCCUCAUUGUUGUUGAUCUAUACGCUUCAUAAUAUGCUCGUACUCCUCGUUAACUCUAUUUGGCGUUUCCAUUAUAUGGGUUUGUGUGGUCUUUAUUUUGGCCGGAUUUUGGGUCUAUAGUAUAGGUGGUAACUCACUAUGACAUUUUUUUACUGUGCUAUUAAUUAAUAGCUCCCAGCGCUCAAGAAAGAACGAGAAAAAAUGUAGAAAUAAAGCUGUGAAAGUGAUGUGAAGUUUGGCAAUAGAUUAAUGUCUUUUCUUCUGACCUUGUAUCCUUAAAUCGUCGAUGAACUAUUGGGAGAAUGGUUAGUUAUAGACCGUCAAAGAUGGUUGCAGUUGGUGCUUAUUACUCUCAUAUGCUUUUCAGGACUUUACAUUGGGGAAGUUUUACCUUAUUCUUCAGUAAUUUCGGCUGACGGAAUUGAGAUUUGGACGUGUCCUAACGCAACCUUAUUCGUAGUUUUCCUGAUUUACGCAGUACGUUAUAGAAUUGAAUGAAAGGGGAGAUAUUUAGGUUUUAUGUUGCAAUUAGAAGUCAAUCAUCAUCUACUCUGGUAGUACUAGGAAGUGACAGAGGGAAAAGAAACACUACACUUUUCAGAAUGAACAACACAGAAGGCAUGUUAAAUCUGCUCUAUUGGGUCUUUCAUUUCCUUUGCUGUGAUUAUUUUCUUCCCUUGUGACUAAUCGCGAAGAGUUUUGCUGUCCUUGAUCUGCAUGAACUGACAUACGAAUUCGGCGCAGGUUUCAGAUUUUGAGGAACCUUGUACCGCUCACUGAUCAGAAAAGGGACAAGGCAUCAUUUCUUCUAGAGGUGUCUGCUACUUUCUUUAGGAUGGAUGCUUUGAUACAGAAAUCACGGUUCAGAUUUAUCAUUUCGAACGAUUUCUUUCUAUCACAGGUCAUCGAGUACAUCCAGGUUCUCCAAGAGAAGGUUCAGAAGUAUGAGUCACCAUAUCCGGGAUGGAACCUGGACAAUGUGAAGUUGAUGCCAUGGGUAAUGGAUUGAAUGCUUUUUUCUCCCUAAUUUGAGCAUAUUCGUAUAGCUAUGUGUGCAUCAUACAUUAUUUACAUUUGGCGUGCUCAUUUAUCCAUGCGCAUGGUGCUUUCUUAUUACGUUAAGAGUUUCUUUCAUCCAAUCUUUGAGAGAUUUCAUGGGUGCGAGGGAUGUCCAUUACUCAAUGUUUUUUUAACUCCUAUCGGCGGUCAACUUGUAAUUUUAUUAUUGCUGGGGGCUUCUGCCUCAUGCAGUGGGAGUUCGAAUUCGAGAGAAAUCAUCAUCUACAUUUCGGGAGAUCUUGUUUAUUUCUCCGGAUUUUUCUGAACUAUUUCAAUGGGUCUUUACAAAUAAAUCAAUUCCAAAACCUCCCGGGGGCCCCAGAAAUCUCUGUUUUAUUCUUUUUUUAAUGGGAUUGUGUAAUGUGAUCUUGAUUCUCUCAGGCUCCCCAUUUGGCACAGAAAAGCAGCCAAGCUCCUGCAGAUGGUGUCGCCGACACUUCCCUUAUAAAGAAUGGCUCUCUCCCCCCCAGCGGGUUCAUCUACCCCAUCGAUGGCACCCCCCCCGCCGCCACCGCCGCCCCACUUGUGUCCGCCCCCGCCCCCAUGCAGUACCCUCCCACCGCCGGUGGGCCCAGCAGCGGAUUCUUCCACACUCAGCCUAGGAUGGAGAACUCCGGACAAGGUCAGGCCCAGUGGCCCAGAUCAUCAUCUUCUACAGCCGACGGCCAUGCCGGUGGUGCCGCCGAUGUGUUCAACGGAAGAGACGACCUGGUGAUCGACGAGGGCACCAUUAACUUGUCCAGCGCCUACUCCGACGGGUCAGCCCCCUCGAUAAUUUUCGAAUCGAUGUGGUUUUCCCUUCAAUUUUUAAAAGCAGCCAUAAAUAAUAUUUGGUGUGCGUCAGGCUGGUGAGCGCGUUGACGCUGGCGCUUCAGGGCUCGGGAGUGGACCUCUCCCAGGCCAGCAUCUCCGUGCGGAUCAACCUCGGGCGGCAGGCAGUCGGUCGGCAGGCCUCGAGCAGCAAGGUGACCAACCAACCAUCGCCGCCCUGUCAUUUCCCUGUCUUCGCCCAGAGAACAACGGAGGAGAAGGUUUCAAACGAAGUGUAGGUGAUUAAGGAAUGAAUAUGUUUGGUUGUGCAGGAGCCGGACGGGCCUUCUUCCAGCAACCAGGCGGCGGGGGGGCACUCGAGGGUCGCCAGCAGCGGCGAGGACUCCGAGCAGCAGCGCCCCAGCAAGAAGAAUAGGAGGAGACCCGCGGCCAGCUAG